AUGGAAGGGCUAAAACUCCCCAUGGCGUCCAUUUCGCCAUUAUACACAGACUUUAAACACUUUAUCAAGAAUGACUCAAACUCGUCGUUCCUAGCUGGAGGUGUCGCAGGCGCUGUUUCGAGAACUGUGGUGUCGCCGUUUGAGCGAGCAAAAAUCUUACUACAGCUACAAGGUCCUGGCUCUGAACAAGCAUAUCAAGGCAUGUUUCCAACAAUAGCGAAAAUGUACCGCGAGGAAGGCUGGAGAGGUCUUUUCCGUGGUAACACACUCAAUUGUAUUCGGAUUUUCCCGUACAGUGCGGUACAGUUUGCAGUUUUUGAGAAUUGCAAAGACUUGAUUUUGAAAUACAGGCGACAUCAACAUCCUGACGAUGCGGGUGCAGCACUCACAAAUAAUGAAUUGAAUGGAUACGAAAGGUUGUUCUCUGGUUCAAUAGCUGGGAUAGUUUCUGUGGCCGUCACAUAUCCAUUGGACUUGGUACGUGCUAGAAUAACAGUGCAAACUGCAUCCUUGAGUAAGCUAGACAAAGGCAAACUAGCGGAGGCACCUACUGUUAUGCAAACGUUGAAGGAGGUGUAUCAAAAUGAGGGGGGGCUUCUCGCAUUGUAUCGUGGUAUUGUACCGACCACAUUGGGUGUGGCCCCAUACGUUGCUAUCAACUUUGCAUUGUAUGAAAGGCUCCGUGAGUAUAUGAAUAACUCACCCAGAGACUUUUCGAAUCCUUUAUGGAAACUUUCAGCGGGUGCCGUUAGCAGUUUCGUUGGCGGUGUCUUGAUCUACCCUCUAGACGUGCUAAGAAAAAGAUAUCAGGUAGCGAGUAUGGCCGGUGGUGAACUAGGAUUCCAAUACAGAUCGGUUGGGCAUGCUCUAUACUCAAUCUUCAAAAAUGAGGGUUUCUUUGGAGCCUAUAAGGGGUUAACGGCCAAUCUAUACAAGAUAGUACCUUCCAUGGCUGUGAGCUGGUUAUGCUAUGAUACUAUCCGUGAUUGGAUCAAAGCUUGGUAG